GCUAGCCAUGCUGUAGUGGGAUAUCGCUCCAUUCUACAGUUGCUGCAAAGGAGUGGACAUAUACGGAGGGAGGAGGGGUAGAUGAUGAAUAGAGAAGAUCACAUGGAGAUCAUCAAGGAGGAGGAGGAGGAGGCAGCCGUGGAGGCGAUGGGCCUGUCGUCGGUGGUGCCGUCUCGGUUCAGGAGGAUCUGCGUCUUCUGCGGGAGCAGCCAGGGCAAGAAGAAGAGCUACCAGGAUGCCGCCGUCGAGCUCGGCGAGGAGCUGGUCUCAAGGAACAUUGAUCUGGUCUAUGGCGGGGGAAGUGUCGGGCUAAUGGGCCUGGUCUCUCGAGCAGUCUACAACGGAGGGAGGCACGUCAUCGGGGUGAUUCCCAAGACCCUCAUGCCGAGAGAGAUAACAGGCGAGACUGUUGGGGAGGUGAAGGCCGUGGCAGAUAUGCAUCAGAGGAAGGCUGAGAUGGCCAGGCAAUCCGAUGCCUUCAUAGCACUCCCUGGGGGCUAUGGAACGCUUGAAGAGCUGCUGGAAGUGAUCGCAUGGGCGCAGCUUGGCAUUCAUGACAAGCCGGUUGGGUUGCUAAAUGUGGACGGGUACUACAACUCUCUGCUAUCCUUCAUCGAUAAAGCUGUGGAGGAAGAGUUCAUCAGUCCGACCGCUCGCCACAUCAUCGUCUUGGCUCCGACACCAAAAGAACUGCUCGACAAGUUAGAGGAGUACUCCCCUCGGCACGAGAAGGUCGUGCCGAGGAUGCAGUGGGAGAUGGAGCAGCUGAGCUACUGCAAGAGCUGCGAGAUCCCGGGGCUCAAGGAAGGGAAGCCGAUCAUCCAGGCGCAGCGAGGAACCAUGCUCUGAAGUCUGAGCGGUAGCUAGUUAGCUACUACUACCAUGUGCUAGCCAGUGGCCAUUUAGGUUUCUCUGCAGGCCUCUGCAGGUGUGGUGAUGUAGGAAUUAAGAUUCAGAAUUUUCAGAUUCAGAAAGGCUGCAGGGUUUCUCUGCAAGCUGCGGAGAGAAUUGUUGCCUUUUAUUUAUGUAACUUGGGUAGAAUGCGCCCAACGUUGGUAUGCGCCGAUCGAUCGGUCUACUAUAUAUUUAUUAUGGGCUACAUAUAGCAGCUGUAUUAAUCCUGUAGAGAUGACA